AAUAACAAAAUUGUCAAUUAACAAUCGCAAUCAGCUGGCCCCUGAUGACAACACAGUGUUGUGCCCUCAGUUAACACAAGGCGAGAUGACGGUGGAGAAUGCAGCCAGUGUGGAUCUCACUAUACUCUUCAAGUCAUGUGUGAAAACUAUCAGGACUCGCAACAAGGCAAUGGGAGUGACGUUGCCCCAGACAAAAAUAUUUCCAAGUGCCCCAACUCCUUCCUCUCAGUUUUACUCCAGAGUGAAGGAUGUGAUGAGCAACAUAGCCAGUCAUCGUAACUUACUCAAAGACCACAGGAAAAAGUACCUUCAAGAACAAGAUCAGUCCAUGUCUGAUUAUGAACGUAGUUAUAUGGAAAAGGUGGUGAACACAAACUUACGCAUCAUUGAUGACAAUAUCCGUACACUGAGUAUCGAGCUCCAGGGUGACAAGCAAGGGUCUAAAGAUGCCUGUGAAUGUCAGGAAAAUAUGGUAGCUGUUUUGAGGAUGAAAUUCCAGGAGAUUAAUUCCAGCUUUAAGCAUAUGAAAGAGUUAAGAAGAACAAAGCAAAAGGAAAAGGAUAGGUUGUACCGUGUGCAACGUCCUGCUGGGUCUAAGAAGCGAACUAGCAGUAGUUCAGAAGACCCUCGCAGAGCCCCACAACUUUCCCAGCUUGGAAAGAAAGAAUCUAGUCCUGAUACAUGCAGUAGUUCACAUCCAGAGUCUUGGGGUCAGUCAACUGAUAGCCAAAGUACUGAUAAAAUUAGUCCUGAAAGCUCUCAACACACUGAGAGAAAAGAGGGACAAACACCAGAGAACAAAGCAGAGGUUAGUGGAACAACUGAUGCUGAGAAAAGUCGAGUUUCAUCUUCCCUUUUAGAAGAAGAAAUGGAGAAAAUGCAUGGAGAACUAAGUGCUGAAGAACGUCAGAUGCUGGAGAAAGAAAAUGCUCACCUUUACAAAGAACUAAUGUCGAAUCAAGAAGAAGUGCGUCAAAUCACCAGACAGGUUGUUGAGUUGGGCCAGAUGCAAGAUCUCUUAUCAGAGAAUGUGGACCUCCAGGCUCAUCAAAUUGAGGAAAUCCAGGAAACUAUAAUGGCAGCCACAGAAAAUGUUCGGGAAGGCAAUGAGCAGGUUCGAGAAGCUAUGAGAAAAGAUGCUGGCUUUCGAGUAUGGAUAAUGUUCUUCCUGAUUGUGAUGUCUUGUUCGAUACUUUUCCUGGACUGGUAUAAUGGUUGAAGACAAGGAGUGUUGUAUACCAAAUGAGAACAAUUAUGUGAGACAUUAAUACCUCAUUCUGUGAAUGAAUUAUUUUGUGAAGCUUUAUUUGAUUAAUAAAAAGUUCCAUACAGGUUUAAAAAUGUUACGGACUUGGAAAUAUACCCGUACUGUAUAUCUUUUUUUUUUUAAACAUUAGUACAGUAGCUGAGAAUUUAUGUAAUUUUACAGUUCCAAGUUCAUCAAGUAAACAUACACUGUAUGUUGCUUUGUGCAUUUUUUAGUUCUGCAAGCUCAAAUUUCAGUAAAAUAUUUAUUAUAUAAUUUUCUUGCAUUUGGUUAAUUUUUCAUUCUUCAACCCAAAUUUUCCACAAAUGUGACUGUUAGCCCAUUUCUCUACAGACACCUUAUUGUCCACCACCAUCUCUCACCCACAUGGUCCUUCACUCCCACUAUCUUAUAUACUGUUCAUUAUUAAAAUACUAUAUGUACCAUCUAGAGAUCAUUGUUAUUUCACACAUACAGUAUUUCCUUUUAUAUACCUGCAGUUGUUGGGCAUUCAGGCAUCUUUAACAUUUAUCAAUGAAUAUUCUUUUGUCUGGUUUAUAAAAUUCUGCAUAAGUGUAAGUGUUGGUGCUCAUACGUAUGGUGAUCUCCCUUUGUUAUUAUUUGGGCAAAAAGUUGGGGAUCACGGGUACUGCAUAUUUGCUUAAAAAGUUGUGUCUAAUAUCAACCUGUGCCUCUCAAAUAUUUCUGAUGAUGUUAUUUAUCUUCACAAAUAUUACAGCCUGAUUAUGGCACAUGCUAAUGUGGUAGUAAUGUAUUUAAGUAUAUCCGAUGGAGAAAUUAUAUUCACAGACAUAACAGCCUGAUAAGAAUCAUAUAAUAAUUUGGUAGGUAUGUUUUAUCUGAAAAUUACUGUUGUACGUUGCAGCAAGUAUGUAAUCAUACACAUUUUUUGUGGAAUUUUUGAUAGGAAAUUGUUUACAAGAGUUGCAGGCAUAUAACAGAAUUAAUACUUAUAAAGAAGUUCUGGCAGAGAGAAUGAUAAAGUAGUUUAAUAAAAAAUUUAUUAAAUGGUGAUUCUAUAUGUUUUUGAGUUGUUAAUCAUGAGGUUUAUAUGGUAAGAAAUUUAUUACAAAGAGAUUAGUUAAAAGAUAAUGUGAUAUUUGAGAAAUUAAAGUGAAGCUUAGUUGUGUAGUGGCAUCCAUGGGAAAGACAUAUGUUACACAAUUACAGGAUUUGGGAGCACAUUGAACGGUGCUGUGCUUAAUGUCAGUUGUGUUUAGUGCAUCCUGUUUAUUAUUUUCUUUUGAAAUUCUUAUGAGUGAAUGGGCUAAUUUUUAUGAAGUAAGAUACGGAUGUCACAUGACUUGUGUAUUUUCCUUGGUAAAAUGACUGUCACACCUUUUUGUGGGGAAUCAUUAGUGUCAAGGUGUUCAUGAACCAGAAAACUAUAUCUGAUGGUCAUGGGGUGCUGCACUGUACUGUAGUAGUUAUGGUAUCUUUUAACCCUUAAAGCUCGGACGACCUAAGACCCGCCGGACCCUUCACGCAGGUAUAUUUCGUCAAAAAGAAAACUUUAUUUUUUUUAAUCCAUUGUCUGCUUAUAAAUGGGUUAGUUAAUAUGAGAAAAAGGCCAUACGAAUGGUUGGAGAGUUGUCUGGAGCAAUGAAAGAGGUCUUGUUUGGAGCUGCUGCGCUCAGCUCACAUCAAGCGGAAAGUGAUGUUGACACACUUGCAGCACACAAUUGUUACUUGAAGGCACUUUUGUUUCAUGUUUCUAUCUUAUAGCUACCAUAAAACACAAAAUAUUAACAUUUUCCUCAAAAGAAGUAUAAAAUACUGAACAGUAGGAAAAUUCAGGCAGCAAUAUUUUAAAAUUUAUACACUAUUUACAUGUACUGUAUACUGUACUACUACUGAAUUUAGAACUACUUCAUCGUGUAUAUAAGUCAUUGUAACACUGAAUGCACAAGGCAACACCACACUCGUUGCACCAAGUUGCCACAUCUUUGCUCUGUGGUUGGCAUGAUAGGGAGAGUGAGGAACCCCAUUGUCUGUAUCACUGUUCUCACCACUGGCCGCCUUAACAAACUCGACAUCAUCUGGGUCUGUUUCUUCCCCAUCAUUGUCUUCGUCACUCGACACUGUACCAAUGCCAAUCAAAUCAAGUAACUCAUGACGAACAGCACUGCUGUCAAGCAAACGCUUGUGCUUGCGUGUGAUGGAUUGAGGUGGGCCAUAAGGGGUUUAAGAACGUGCAUCCCUCACAAUAGCUGGUGGGCAACUGACCACGAGGCACAAGUCUUGAGACUAAUAUUGCACGUGAUUUGAGUUGACAAUUAAAAACAAAUAAUCCAUACAAAACAUUUUGUCCUGCCUGGACAUUCAAAAUGUGCCCACAAAAAUUAAGAAUGUUGUGGAACGUCACCUGAGCUUUAAGGGUUAAAGGUAUUUAAUGACUGAACUACUGUACAUACCAUUCAGUAGGUCACAUCUUUUAAACAGACUGGUGUGAACACACCAGGUUACUAGAUUCACUGAAGGCGUUUUCUGUGUACUGUAUCAUACCGAGAGUGAAAGUACAGAUUCAGAAAUUUAACAUGCUGUAUGUGCCAAGAAUUGCUAAUUUGAUUGAUCCAGCUGUGUUUACAUAUGGAAGUGGGGCUUGAGAAGUAGCAUGAAUGCUAUGUUGUUUGAAUUAUUAAAAAAAAAAAAUAUUGGACUAAGGUUGUGUAAGUUGAGGGAUCCUUAAGGAAAAAUACUUAUCUAUUCCUUUGCAAAUUACUGUAAUAUUUUUAUUUGAUUUUAUGUUCUGCACUUUUAAAUUGCUACAGAAAUAUCCAUCAGUGCUUUCUGUACUGUUGUGAUGCAAAACUUUAUUAAAUAAAGUAUAUACUACAAAAAAUAAAAUGCAAACAAAU